GAAAUGGACCGGGUUCUAACGGGACCCGGACCUCCGGCGCCUAGGCAGAAUUUUCUGAUCUCACCGUUCCUUCCUCGGUCCGCGAUCCAGGGCGCAGAAGAGGGGAGAGCCUCGGUCCGUGAUACCGCAGCAGCCCGACGCACACACUCUGCGUCACCGCGGGCUGCGGCGGAUGAUGAAUUCCGGUGUGUGAGUUAGGGUUGCUGUGUCACUCAGCACGCUCGGCGCGCCCCUUCCCCCGCAGUUCUUCCGCACCGGCUGACUGGCUCUUCCGGUCUCCGGCGCCCCUCUCCUGCAGGCGGGUCUCGGGCCUGUGGACAAGUCUCGCGCUGUGCCCCGGAGCCGGGCUCCGGAUCCACGCUGGCCAUGGCGAGCGGUGCCUCCAGAUACCGGUUGAGCUGCUCGCUCCCGGGCCACGAACUGGACGUGAGGGGCCUGGUGUGUUGCCUCUAUCCGCCGGGAGCCUUUGUGUCUGUAUCCCGGGAUCGUACCACCCGCCUCUGGGCUCCAGAUAGUCCUAACAGGGGCUUUACAGAAAUGCACUGUAUGAGUGGCCACUCUAAUUUUGUGUCUUGUGUGUGCAUCAUACCCUCAAAUGACAUGUAUCCUCAUGGACUAAUUGCCACUGGAGGAAAUGACCACAAUAUUUGCAUUUUCUCGCUGGACAGUCCAAUGCCACUUUAUAUUUUAAAGGGUCACAAAGAUACUGUUUGUAGUCUUUCUUCUGGAAAAUUUGGGACAUUACUUAGUGGCUCAUGGGACACGACUGCUAAAGUCUGGCUGAAUGACAAAUGCAUGAUGACAUUACAGGGUCAUACAGCUGCAGUGUGGGCAGUAAAGAUCUUACCUGAACAGGGCUUAAUGUUAACUGGAUCAGCAGACAAGACAAUUAAACUAUGGAAAGCUGGAAGGUGUGAGAGGACUUUUUCAGGGCAUGAAGACUGUGUAAGAGGCUUGGCAAUCUUGAGUGAGACUGAAUUUCUUUCCUGUGCAAACGAUGCUAGUAUUAGAAGAUGGCAGAUCACCGGCGAGUGUCUGGAAGUGUACUACGGACAUACAAACUAUAUUUAUAGCAUAUCUGUCUUUCCAAACUGCAGAGAUUUUGUGACAACUGCAGAAGACAGAUCUCUAAGAAUAUGGAAACGUGGUGAAUGCGCGCAAACAAUCCGACUUCCAGCUCAGUCUAUAUGGUGCUGCUGCGUGCUGGACAAUGGUGACAUUGUGGUUGGUGCGAGUGAUGGUAUUAUUAGAGUGUUUACAGAGUCAGAGGAGCGGACAGCAAGUGCUGAGGAAAUCAAGGCUUUUGAGAGAGAGCUCUCUCAGGCAACUAUUGAUUCCAAAACUGGUGACUUGGGGGACAUUAAUGCUGAGCAGCUUCCUGGGAGGGAACAUCUGAAUGAACCAGGUACUAGAGAAGGACAGACUCGUCUAAUCAGAGAUGGAGAGAGAGUUGAAGCCUACCAGUGGAGUGUUAGUGACAGGAGGUGGAUAAAAAUUGGUGAUGUUGUUGGCUCAUCUGGUGCUAAUCAGCAAACAUCUGGAAAAGUUUUAUAUGAAGGGAAAGAAUUUGAUUAUGUUUUCUCAAUUGAUGUGAAUGAAGGUGGACCAUCGUAUAAACUACCAUAUAAUGUCAGUGAUGAUCCCUGGCUAGUUGCGUACAACUUCUUGCAGAAAAAUGAUUUGAAUCCCAUGUUUCUGGAUCAGGUGGCUAAAUUUAUUAUUGAUAACACAAAAGGUCAAACACUGGGACUUGGGAAUCCCAGUUUUUCAGACCCGUUUACAGGUGGUGGUCGCUAUGUUCCAGGAACUUCAGGACCUUCCAACACAGUACAGACAGCAGAUCCUUUCACAGGUGCUGGUCGUUACAUGCCAGGUUCUGCAGGUAUGGACACCGUCAUGGCUGGAGUUGAUCCAUUUACAGGAAAUAGUGCCUACCGAUCAGCUGCAUCUAAAACAGUGAAUAUUUAUUUCCCCAAAAAAGAAGCUCUUACCUUUGACCAAGCAAACCCUACACAAAUAUUAGGAAAACUGAAGGAACUUAAUGGAACUGCACCUGAAGAGAAGAAGCUAACUGAAGAUGACUUGGUACUUCUCGAAAAGAUACUGUCCCUGAUUUGUAAUAAUUCUUCAGAAAAGCCAACGGCCCAGCAACUUCAGAUUUUGUGGAAAGCUGUCAACUGGCCUGAAGACAUUGUCUUUCCUGCACUUGACAUUCUUCGGCUAUCAAUUAAGCAUCCCAAUGUGAAUGAGAAUUUCUGCAAUGAAAAAGGAGACCAGUUUAGCAGCCAUCUUAUCAACCUUCUGAACCCUAAAGGAAAGCCAGCAAACCAGCUGCUUGCUCUUAGGACUUUUUGCAAUUGCUUUUUUAGUCAGGCAGGACAAAAGCUCAUGAUGUCCCAGAGGGAGUCACUGAUGUCACAUGCAAUAGAACUGAGAUCUGGGAGUAAUAAGAACAUUCAUAUUGCUCUGGCUACAUUGACCUUGAACUAUUCUGUUUGUUUCCAUAAAGACCAUAACAUUGAAGGGAAAGCUCAAUGCUUGUCAGUAAUUAGCACAAUCUUGGAGGUUGUACAAGACCUAGAAGCCACAUUUAGACUCCUUGUGGCUCUUGGGACACUUAUCAGUGAUGAUUCAAAUGCUAUACAAUUAGCCAAAUCUUUAGGUGUUGAUUCUCAAAUAAAAAAGUAUGUCUCCGUAUCAGAGCCAGCUAAAGUAAGUGAAUGCUGUAGACUUAUCUUAAAUUUGCUGUAGCUGUGGGGAAAGGAAGCUGACGGGUUUUUUGUUUUUUUUUGUUUUUUUUUUUCCCCCCACAUUUUACAUGACUGAUUGCAGAUGUUUAAAAAAAAAAAAAAAAAAAGGAAAACUGGAUUAAGUUCAGAUCUUGUAAAGUUGUGUCGAGGAGAAACAAAUUAUAAAUAAAGUUUUUGCACUGCUGGC